AUGAUAAAGCAAGAAAAGUUUAAUAGUGGGACCUGUCUUUUCUUCCAUCUUCCUUUUGGCUGGAACCUAAGAAUGAGAAGAAUUGUCUUUGAUAGUGUUUAUAUCUUAUUCUGCCUCUUAGGUGGUGUUGAUGAUAUGAGUGUGAUUUGUAGAGAAUGCAACCUAUCACUCCCUUUCCAUGGAUGUCUCUUAGACUUAGGAACCUGCAAAACUAAACAUGGACAGUUUUGUAUCAAAGAAAUCUACACUAAAUUUGGCAUUCAGUGGUAUUCCGUGAAAGGCUGCACAGUGAACAAGAAUCAGUGCUUCAAGAGAACUGUGGCAGCUUUUGAAGUUCACUCAACUCAUUGCUGCCAUAAACCUUUCUGCAAUUUCUGA